GUCAGCCAUUUCCUAUAUGGAUCCACUGCCAGUGUCUGCACAGUUAUAGUACACCCCAUCUAGCUUCUCCAUCUCUGCCCGGGAUUAGUAAACAAUUACGAAUCCCGAAAAAACGGUAUCCGGGUGGAUGAGAGACUGUCUAGCGGGCCGGUUAGCAUCCAAAAGACCUCUACCAGGCGCUUUGUCCCCGAGGACAGAAGCGACAAAAGUCAGCCAUGGCUUUGAAGAUUGUUAAAGGGAGCAUCGAUCGGAUGUUCGAUAAAAAUCUUCAAGAUUUAGUACGUGGAAUUAGGAAUCACAAGGAAGAUGAGGCAAAGUACAUCUCCACCUGCAUUGAUGAGAUCAAGCAGGAGCUCAAGCAGGACAACAUUGCUGUCAAGGCCAAUGCUGUGUGCAAACUCACCUACUUACAGAUGCUGGGCUAUGAUGUCAGCUGGGCUGCAUUCAACAUCGUGGAAGUCAUGAGUUCCUCCAAAUUCACAUACAAGAGAAUUGGUUACCUGGCUGCCUCCCAGUGCUUUCAUGAGAGCACUGAUGUCAUCAUGCUGACAACCAAUCAGAUCCGAAAGGAUCUGAGCAGUCCUAACCAGUACGACACUGGUGUGGCUCUCACUGGCCUCUCCUGCUUCGUGACCCCUGACCUGGCUCGGGACCUGGCCAAUGACAUCAUGACUCUUAUGUCCCACACAAAGCCGUACAUCAGGAAGAAGGCAGUCCUGAUUAUGUACAAGGUGUUCCUGAAGUACCCAGAGUCUCUGCGCCCUGCUUUCCCCAGGCUGAAGGAGAAACUGGAAGACCCUGACCCUGGGGUCCAGUCAGCGGCUGUUAAUGUCAUCUGUGAGCUGGCCAGGAGAAAUCCUAAGAACUACCUGUCUCUUGCCCCACUCUUCUUCAAGCUCAUGACCUCCUCCACCAACAAUUGGGUCCUCAUCAAGAUCAUCAAGCUGUUUGGUGCCCUCACACCUCUGGAGCCUCGCUUGGGGAAGAAGCUGAUUGAGCCCCUAACAAACCUCAUCCACAGUACCUCGGCUAUGUCACUUCUAUAUGAAUGUGUCAACACUGUAAUAGCAGUGUUGAUUUCCCUGUCCUCUGGGAUGCCAAAUCACAGUGCUAGUAUUCAGCUCUGUGUCCAGAAACUGCGAAUCCUGAUUGAAGACUCGGACCAGAACUUGAAGUACCUGGGCCUGCUGGCCAUGUCCAAGAUACUGAAGACUCAUCCCAAGUCUGUCCAGUCCCACAAGGACCUCAUCCUGCAGUGUCUGGAUGACAAGGACGAGUCCAUCCGCCUGAGGGCUCUAGACCUGCUCUACGGCAUGGUGUCCAAGAAGAACUUGAUGGAGAUAGUGAAGAAGCUGAUGUUGCACGUCGACAAGGCUGAGGGAACCACUUACCGAGAUGAGCUGCUCACCAAGAUCAUCGACAUCUGCAGUCAGAGCAAUUACCAGUACAUCACCAACUUUGAAUGGUACAUCAGUAUCCUGGUGGAGCUGACCCGUCUGGAGGGCACGCGGCAUGGCCACCUCAUUGCCUCCCAGAUGCUGGACGUGGCCAUUCGGGUCAAGGCCAUCCGAGCCUUUGCUGUGGCCCAGAUGGCUACUCUACUGGACAACGCCCACCUGCUUACCGGCAACACACAGCGCAACGGCAUCUGUGAGGUUCUCUAUGCCGCCGCCUGGAUCUGUGGAGAGUUCUCAGAACACCUGGAGGAACCCAUGGCAACUCUGGAGGCCAUGCUGCGUCCCAAAGUGGCCACCCUACCGGGCCACAUCCAGGCCGUGUACGUGCAGAACGCUGCCAAGCUGUUUGCCACGGUGUUGCGCGGCCAGGAGGGGGCACCAGCGGACAGCACGGUGGCCCAGGAGACCAGCCAGCUGCUCAUUGACAGGCUGCCUCUGUUUGUCCAGAGUUCCAACCUGGAGGUGCAGGAGAGGGCUUCAUGCAUCCUGCAGCUGGUGAAGUACAUCCAGAAGCUGCAGCAGAAGGAUGUGGAGGUAGCUGAGGAGGUGACAGCUCUGUUUGCUGGGGAGCUCAACCCUGUGGCCCCCAAGGCACAGAAGAAAGUACCUGUUCCUGAAGGUCUGGACCUGGAUGUGUGGAUCAACGAGCCUCCGUCUGGGAGUGAGUCUGAAGAUGAGGGCAGGAAGUCCAAGGGCAAGGCUGUGUUUGCCAAGGAGGAGUCCAGACACACCAAGCCACGCUACACUGAGGUGGACGAGAAGGAACUGGCCAAGAGGAGAGAAGUAAGGAAGGCAGAGCAGGCCAACAACCCAUUCUACAUCAAGGCCUCCCCCUCCUCUCAGAAGGUGUACCAGGAUGGUGUUGGUGUGGAGCACAUUCCAGUGGUGCAGAUUGACCUCAGUGUGCCUCUUAAGGUCCCAGGGAUGCCAAUGUCAGAUCAGUAUGUGAAGCUGGAAGAGGAGCGUCGUGAGAAAAACAAGGCAGACAAGAAGAAGAAGGACAAGAAGAAGAGGGAGAAGGGCGAGAAGGGCCGCCGGAGGAGGGGGGACUCUGGCCCAGAGAGCGAGGAGGACAUCACCCCCGCACACAUGGUGGACAUCGUCACUGAGGAGAUGCCAGAGAAUGCCUUACCCAGUGAUGACGACGACAAAGAUCCCAACGACCCCCACAAAGCUCUGAACAUCGACCUGGACAAUUUGCUGGCAGCAUCUCGCAGGCCUCUGGCAGACAGCGAGAAGAAACUGCCAGUCAGGUCACACCGUCCCGACGAGGUCCUCAAGAGCCCCAUGGAAAACAGGCAGGUGGUGGAGGUUGCACCAGAGCCCAAGAAAAAGACAGGAAAGGAGAAGAAGGAGAAGAAGGACAGGAAGAAGAGUAAAGAGAAGAAGAAAAAACACAAACAAGAGGAGGAUCUUAUGGGUGCUGGGUCAGAGGAGCCUGUCCAACCAGAAGAGACCAAGGAGGUGGCAGCCCCGCCUCCUGCCUCUACACCAGAGGCUUCGGAUCUGGAUUUCUGGCUCUCAAAUGCUCCAGUGCCCUCUAACCCUCAGGCAGCAGCAGAAGCUCCCCCUGCCUCCACCCCUAGGAUGGCAUCUGGUAUGGCUGCCGUGGCACCAGACUCUGAGCCUGAAGAGGCCAAAGACACUGAGCCGGAGGAGACUAAAUCCUCCAAGCACAAGAAGAAGAAGAAGAAGAAGCAGAAAAAGGAGAAGAAGCACCACCAUGAUCAUAGCGAUGGGGCCGGAGACGAGUCUGUGCAGAACGGUACUGUGGAGGAGGAGGAGCCUCUUCCGCCCAUGUCCAAUUACGCCCUGCUGGCUGAGAACUCCUACAUCAAGAUGGUGUGUGACAUCCAGGGGAAUCUGCAGGAUGGUAGCCAGGUGGUGGUCUCUGUCAUCUUUGAGAAUAAGUGCGACAGCUUUAUCAAGUCCAUGGAGUUCAACGUGCUGGACUCUCUCAACUCCAAGCUGCAGCGGCCUGAUGGAGCUGGCCCACACGACGGCCUCACCGUGCCCUUCCAACUGCCCCCCGGUAUCUCAAACGAGGCACGCUUCAUCUUCUCAGUGCAGAACAUCGUGAUGCCCCAGAAACUGAAGGGAACCCUCACCUUCAUAGUCAAGACUGAUGAUUCCUCCACUCACGAGAAACUGGACUUUAAACUGCACUUUACCUGCACCUCCUACCUGAUCACCACUCCCUGCUACAGUGAUGCGUAUUCUAAGCUGUUGGAGUCAGGGGACCUUAAGGGGUGCUCUCUGAAGCUGGAGGGAGUUAAUCAGCCCUUCCACCAUCUACUGGCCAGAAUCUGCUUCCACCACCACUUCUCUGUUGUGGAGAGGAUCGAUUCCUGUGCCUCCAUGUACAGCAGGUCAAUCCAGGGUCACCAUAUGUGUCUGCUGGUCAAAACUGCUGAUCAGACCGUGUCCAUCGACGCUAAAUGUGACGAGCCAGGGCUGCUUGGGAAUGUGCUGGAUGAGAUCAAACUCACCUUUUUUCAGUGCUGAUUGUGUCUGACAGCCACUUGGUGCCCCCCUACCCCCUGUUAAACCCCCUCGCUCGCUGAAACACACACUUGUAUGAUCACAUUACAAACACUCCCAGUUUCACCCUAUUUAUUAAUCUUCAGAUUCACAACUCUCCUUCUCUCACUUCCCCACUCCACCCUGCACUCAGAAUUGUUCUUUCCCCAUCAGUAUGCUUUAUGCUCACUCCCUCUGUGCACUUUUUGUUCCUCUUCCUUGUUUCAAAUCUCUUUUCCACUGUCAAAAAACUGGUUUCACCUGCUCCCCACUCCUACACCUCUGACUGAACUCGUGCCCAUUCUCUCUCGCUCAUCGGCAUUACAGUCUGUGACGGUCAUGUAAUGUAAUCUGACAACUGGACUUUUUUUGUUGGUUGAAUUGUGUUUUUACUGUUUCUGGUUGUUUCUGUUUGUUGCUGUUUUUUGUUGAUUUCUGACGUCUGUCUGCGCCCCCCUUGCUUUAAACAUCAGUGUGUUACUAAUACUCUCAAUAGUCCUGGUAGCAUGCGUGACUCCCUCUGACUGGCCCUAGGUGGAAAUAUCAUGUAAACUCCUCCAUUCAUCCUGAUCUGACCUCAUGCCUGAAGUAGACAGAACUCCUGAGAUCCACCCCCCCCCCCCCCCCCCCCGUGUCCCUGCUCCAACUGUGCAACUUCUGUUUGACCUGUGUCGCUGUCACAUAUCAAUCCCUGUAAGAAUUGAAAAUGUCUGAGCUGGAAAGUUCUACUAAGAGUGUGUUGGAAUCAUCUCAAAGCGUAGCCGUACUCUAAAAUAAUGUUUCUGCAUCUGUCUUGCUCUGUCUGCUAUUCUAGACAUGGAUAGAAUGGUGUCUUUUUACAAUUGUCUGAUUUAUUGCUUUGAUUAUGCUGUAAUGUUUGACAGAUAUUUAACUGCUCAUCUGCUGUGCUGUUCUAGACCUCUAUCUCUCUUGCCUCAGGCAUGUCUACCACAGUAUCUGUAAUGAGUGACCGAAUAAUAUAGAACUUCUCAUUG